UUCAACUCAAAGCAGAACCACCUCACUCAAAAGCCCAGCAGUUACGGAAGUGAGGUGUUGGUAUGGAAUAGCUGACAAUUGCCCUAUGAGCUUAGUUGUCAUGUUGUGUCUGUUUGCCUUUUUCCCCUCUCACUUGACUCCAGCUAAGCCUGUGAUUUCAGCCCUGACUUCCUCCAGAGGCUUUCCCGUGCUCAAGCUGAAGACUGGCACCAUAGUUAGAUGACUCAGGUGUUCCCUGGCAAAGAUCGCAUUGGACAAGCCAAGGCAGGAGACAGGUGCCACUGCCUGUUUACAUAUCUGCAUAUUGGUGGCGAGGAUCAAAACUAAGGACGGGAACCAGAAGGGACUGACUCCAGAGAGAGACAGAGCCUAGCCUGUUCCCCCAGCCAGGCUGGAGUGGUUUCGAUGGAGCCCCACACAGAUAAGCUGGAGUUCUUCCGAAAACUGGGCUACAGCCGGGAGGGUGUUGUCAGAGUGUUGGCAAAACUGGGCCAGGGGGCACUGGUGAAUGACAUCCUACAGGAGUUGAUUCAGAUGGGCAACCGACCUCACGUUGAAGAAAGCUAUGGGGAGAGCUCUGCUCCAAAACUUGUCGCACGGGGCUCUGGUGGCACUGUGGACUUGUCCCGACGGCUUCUGGGUGCAGAUCCUGAAGACGAGUUGGAGGACCCUGGCAAUCAUCUGAGACCCAUUGUGAUCGACGGCAGCAACGUGGCUAUGAGUCAUGGAAAUAAAGAAACCUUUUCCUGCCGGGGAAUUCGUUUGGCUGUGGACUGGUUCAGGGAGAGAGGACACAACUACAUCAAGGUCUUUGUCCCAUCUUGGAGGAAGGAACCACCAAGAUCUGAUACCUCUAUUUCAGAACAGCAUAUCCUAGAGGAUCUGGAAAAGCAGGCAGUUCUGGUAUACACGCCAUCUCGCAAGGUCAACGGUAAACGGGUAGUCUGCUACGAUGACCGCUACAUUGUGAAGGUGGCCUAUGAGAAGGACGGCAUCAUCGUUUCUAAUGACAACUAUCGGGACCUCCAGAGCGAGAACCCAGAAUGGAAGUGGUUCAUCGAGCAGCGACUCCUUAUGUUCUCCUUUGUCAAUGACAAAUUCAUGCCUCCUGAUGAUCCUCUGGGCCGCCAUGGACCAACUCUUAGUAAUUUCCUUUGCAAAAAGCCAAGGCUUCCACAGGCCUCCUGGCAGCACUGCCCCUAUGGCAGGAAGUGUACCUACGGCAGUAAGUGUAAAUUCUACCACCCAGAGAGACUGCAUCAAAUCCAGCUGUCGGUGGCGGAUGAGCUCCGAGCCAAAACGAGGACCUUGCUGGGGUCAGAGGAGGAGCAGCUGAGACCCAGCUUCUUGAAGACUGGGCCAGUUCCCUCCCUGCCUCACCCCAGCCUCAGCACAGAAGGACCGUGGAGUCCCAGGGGAAGCAUCAGUAACUACAGUAGCCACAGUAACAGCAGCCCAGGCUCCAUUUGGACAGAGGAGGGAGUUCUUUCUGUGGACGGGAGCUUUAGAGGAACCCUGGCCAGGACCUGGGAGGACUGGGCGCAGGAGAGGCAGGACCCCGAGAGGGGCAUUCCACGCCACUGCCAAGCGGGCGAUAUCAGGUUCUUGGAAAGCCAGUUUUCCCGAUUGGCAUGUGGUGAUGAUUUAUAUGGCUGUGGCUCGCAUACUGGUAUCACAACUUCCCGCAUUCAGAGUGGGAUGAACAAUUCAUACCAGGGCUGCAAUCUCAAUCAUUCCGGCUGCCAUGGCCGCUUCAGGCCUCAUCAGCACAGCGUGGAUUGUAGCUGCUGGAGGAGUGAUCGUUUCCGAGAAGGGGCCACUCUGACUCCAUGUGCUUGCAGACGCCUGAUGAUCAGAGGGUCUUAUUGUAAUGGUACCAGGGGGCCAGACCCAGUCCUGCAGGAGACUUUUGCCCCAAGUAGCCACCCAUCCAAAGCAGACCUGCAGCAGCCCCAACAGCAGGCUGUAUACUGCUCUCACACUCCCACUGGGGAUCCAUUUCCCCAUUCCACCCAGUCUAAUGAGACCUGGAGUAUAGAGCAAGGACCAAAGGAACCACCCGGUUCACCCUUUUGGGGGGACUCCAGCUGGGGAAACCACCCGUUUAGGAAAGCAGAUAGUUAUCUACACUCUUCUGAGUAUAAAUACCCCGCCUUGGAUUCAGCCAUUGGAGAGCGAGCCCACAUUCGGACAGCCCUUUAUAACAUCUUCCCCCAGGAUGAGGUAGACCAAGUCAUGUCUUUGUUUCCCAACCUCGUGGACAUCCCUAGUCUGAUAUUACUCAUCGAGAAAAACCGUCGGCUUUGUCCGUGAGUUGGAAACCUCUGAGAAGUCAGCGCAAAGUGUAUGCCCUCAGCAUCCCUAGAAUCCUUUGGACUAUGAAGUUCUGGAGGCUGGAGCUGCAGACCUACUGAAAGCAACUCACAGUUGCUCAAUUGACAUUUCCUAUUGUGGUGGCAGGGCUGGCCCAGACCCCUUGUCUCUGGGCAGGGCAACAUCUAAGCUUUCCCAACGCACAUGGAGAUCAGGUCAAGGAAGACAAGGAAAGAUAUUCCAUUAUUUAGUUUGUCACACUCCUGCUGCCAUUUGCCUGUUUCCUGAAUGAAGGUCACAAAAUCUAAGAGGUGGAAAAGACCUCAGAGGUCCCCUAGUCUGAGCCUCCACCUGAGCAGGAAUCCAAAAAGGAUUUGCUAUGUUUUUUGAGGGGGGAGGCAAUUGUGGUUAAGUGACUUGCCCAGGGUCACACAGCUAGUACAUGUCUAAGGCAGGAUUUGAACCCAGGUCCUCUUGACUCCAGGGCUGGUGCUCUAUGUACUGCACCACCUAGCUGCUCCUGAGAUUUCCUAUUAAAAUAUCCUUAAUAAAUAAGCAUUCAGAUUUUGCUUGAUGAUCUCUAUUGAGUGGGUAACCAAUCUGCUACUUCUCAAGGCAACCCAUUCCACUUUGGAAUGGAACAGAUUUGGAACAGAUUUUAUUGUUAGGAAGUUUGUGGGGUUUUAUUGUUGUUGUUUUUUACCCACUGCUCUUGGCCCCAUGGGGCCAAGAAGAAUAAAUGUAACCCAGGGAUUCUUUUCCUGGGUUCUGUGAACUUAAAAAA